AUGUUAGCUGAAGAAGGACAAUUUCCCUUUGAAGUGUCCAUUGCCUAUAAGUAUCAGGAUAUAUGUGGCGGUGCUAUCAUUUCAACACAUGCUAUUGUCACAGCAGCACAUUGUAUUAAUUACAUAGAACCUAAUGAUUUACAAGUUUUUGUUGGUGUACACAAUUUUUUAAUAUUUCCACGUGGACAUAUACAUGAAGUUGCUACCACUAAAAUACAUCCUGAAUAUGAGCCGACAACAAGAGAUUAUGAUGUGGCUCUAGUUAAACUUAAAGAAGCCUUAGAACUAAAUACCAAUGUAGGCAUCAUUCCAAUUUCAUCGACAAGUCAUGUUUAUUAUGGUGGUAAACUGGACCGAGCUGUGGGCCGAAAGAGAUGUACGCCAGCAAAUGCACUUGGUGAUUUUGCCGUAGACCUUUAUGAUAACGACCUGCCUCCAUCCAGUCUAGCAGUAAUUUGUGCUGGUAUACCAGCCGGACUGUGUAUAGGAGAUGAUGCUGGUUCUUUGAUUGUGGACAAGGAGCUGUGGGGUAUAGUGUCGAUGAAUUUUGAAUGUGAUUCUAAAGAUAAACCUUUGAUUAUGACGAACUUAGCAUUUGUCAAGAGUGGAUAG